AUGUCCGAGUGUCCGCUCGGCGCAGGGCCAGAGUUCGGCGUGCGGCCCCCGCCCCGUGGCUCCCGCGGGCCCCGCUAUUCAGGCCCAGCUCGGGUUCUGGCGCCGACCCCCUCCCCGGCCUCUGCCCGAGCGCAGCCCAGCCCAGUCCGGAUCCGUUUCAGGACACUCGCGGCCACGGCUAAAGAUAGGAGGACACCUCACCAUCGACUAAAAAUACGACCCCGGGUCUGGGCGAGGGCGCUGAAAGGCAGGAGGGCACUGCCAGGUCCCGGGGGUGGGGCGGGGGCCCCGGCGCAGCAUGGAGGGCUGAACCGGGAAUUCGGGUUCGGGAUGCGCGGCGCCCCGCAGGCCGAGAGGAAUGCGGGCGUGGCCGCCGGGACCGAGGAGCGGGCCGCGCCCACAGCCUCGCCCCACUCGCGGGCCCGCUUGGGCUCCCUCUUCCGAGGCGCAGCGCAGGGGUCCGGCAGCCGCGGGGGCGCGGGGGUCCAGUCCGAGCUCGGGCAGCUGCGGGCCAGGCCGCGUCGGGUGAUGGGGCUGGACACCGCGAACUCCGGCUAUGUCCUUCAGAGCCCAAACUCUCGGUUCUAG